AUGGCCACCAUCCACCGGUUAGCUGGCCGCAGCGCCAAACGCCUCUCCCUUAGCAACCCUAUCCGGACAGCAUCCACAGCUCGAGCUUUCUCAGCGACUUGCCUCAGGAGGUACGCCGACCCCUACGAAGGCCAACAGACACGCCUCAUUCCCGUUGACGAGCACUUUGCGCAUCCGGCCGAUCCCUAUGGCGUAACACAGCUGCAAGGCCAGGAGGGUACGGUGCGGAAAUCGCGCGAGGGCUCAGUUGAGAACCGAAAGGUGCGACAUUACACGGUCAACUUCGGUCCUCAGCAUCCGGCUGCUCACGGUGUGCUGCGAUUGAUUUUGGAGCUCAAUGGCGAGGAAAUCAUCCGUGCCGAUCCCCAUGUGGGACUACUACACCGUGGAACCGAGAAGCUGUGCGAAUACAAGACUUAUGUCCAGGCCCUACCGUACUUCGACCGACUCGACUACGUCUCCAUGAUGACCAACGAGCAGUGUUUCGCGCUAGCCGUAGAGAAGCUGCUGAACGUCGAGAUUCCGGAGCGUGCCAAGUGGAUUCGAACUUUGUUUGGAGAAAUCACCCGUGUUCUGAACCAUCUCAUGUCCGUUCUGUCACACGCCAUGGACGUUGGUGCUUUGACGCCCUUCUUGUGGGGUUUCGAGGAACGAGAGAAGCUUAUGGAAUUUUAUGAACGUGUAUCUGGUGCUCGUCUGCACGCUGCAUAUGUCCGACCUGGUGGUGUUCAUCAAGACAUUCCCGUGGGUCUCCUCGACGAUAUCUACCAAUGGGCAACACAAUUCGGCGACCGUAUCGACGAGACCGAGGAGAUGUUGACUGACAACCGUAUCUGGAUCAAUCGAUUGAAGGGUGUGGGUGUUGUCUCCGCUGCGGAGGCUCUCAAUCUUUCCUUCACAGGUGUCAUGCUUCGAGGCUCCGGUGUGCCUUGGGACAUCCGCAAGAGCCAGCCUUAUGACGCAUAUGAUCAGGUAGACUUCGACGUUCCGGUCGGCGUGAACGGCGACUGCUACGACCGAUACCUCUGCCGUAUGGAGGAGUUCCGCCAAUCCCUUCGAAUUAUCCACCAAUGCCUGAACAAGAUGCCUGCCGGCCCCGUACGAGUCGAGGACUACAAGGUCUCACCUCCGCCAAGAGCUGCGAUGAAGGAGAACAUGGAGGCUCUGAUCCACCACUUCCUUCUGUUUACCAAGGGUUACACUGUUCCGCCAGGUGACACCUACUCAGCGAUUGAAGCUCCAAAGGGCGAGAUGGGUGUGUAUGUUGUAAGUGACGGAAGUGAGAGGCCAUACAGAGUUCACAUCCGGGCGCCUGGUUUCGCUCAUUUGGCUGGCUUCGAUCACAUCUCGAGAGGACAUCUGUUGGCAGAUGCCGUAGCUGUUAUUGGAACUAUGGAUCUAGUGUUCGGUGAGGUUGACAGGUAA